AUUAUUAAAAUACCUAGUGCUCUCCUCGCGCUCGGCGCUCCGCUUGUUGCUCGUCGCAGCUUUAGCUGACAUAUCAGACUGAUUCAGACGACACGGUCGCAACAUGGCGGACACAGUCGUGGUUUCCGACCAGGAGAAGGUCCGGAUCGUCUCGGACUUUAUCCAGCACUCGCCACCGGGCGAGUUCAACGAGGUCUUCAACGAUGUCCGGGUACUCCUCAACAACGACACCCUCCUCAAGGAGGACGCCUCCGCGGCCUUUGCCCAGUACAACAAGGACCAGCUCAUAUCCGCCAAGAUCGAAGGCAGCGAGUGGCCCGUCCUCAUAACCGAGUACAACGAUCUGGGCAACCAGAGGUUCUACGAUCCCCGGAGCAAGCAGUCCUUCAAGUACGACCAUUUGAGGAAGGAGGCACAGGACUAUGAGCCCUACGAGCCAGACGUGACAGCUGAACCCUGGAGGCUGGCCCUCCAGGACGAAAUAUUUGCUUACACGCAGAACCACUACCGGCACGGGGCCUGCUCCGUCUUCGGCAAGAGCCAGUCAGCAGACAACAUUACCCUGACGGCUUGCAUAGAGGAUCACCAGUUUCAGCCGAAAAACUUUUGGAACGGUCGCUGGCGCUCCGUAUGGACGGUCAACUUCAGCACGAGCUCUGGCGUUGCCGAGUUAAAGGGUAGCCUCAAGGUGCAGGUUCAUUACUACGAAGACGGUAACGUCCAGCUCGUGAGCAGCAAAGAGGUCAAGGAGAGCCUGUCGAUAUCCUCUGAAAAGCAGACGGCUAAAGAAUUGAUACGCCUUGUUCUCGAGUCGGAAAACGACUAUCAGACUGCCAUCUCGGCAAAUUACCAGACGAUGUCGGACACGACGUUCAAGGCACUGCGCCGACAAUUGCCAGUCAUGAGAACCAAAAUUGACUGGAACAAAAUUGUGUCUUACAGUAUUGGCAAGGAGCUCAAGAGUCAAUAGUCAAUUUGUCUGUUUAUGAGGGAUAAUGAUGUGACUGUUUCUUUUUCUCUCUCUCCAGAGAAAAACGGUUUAGCUGCACAAAUACACUAGAGCGAGAGGUGUUGUGGCACAAAAGCUGGCGUAUGUUCACUGAAUUUUUUAUCCAUGAAUUCAGUGUCCACUGUAACACUUGUGUACAUACUGCCUUGGUACAGGUUUGAUUUUGUAAUUUUUUAAAACCAAACUGUCUGGGGAUUCGCAAGUACCCUGUUAGUCUACAAAAUGGCCAGUGGAAUUGUGCAUUUAAUACAAAUGAAGAAUAAAAAAAAAAACUACAAAGAAAUAAAUCAUUUUUCGUGCCUAUAAAAAAUCUUACUUCAAAAUUAAGUAUAAAGGCACUCUCAGAUACGAGAUUUAUCGUGCUAAGUCACGAGUAGAAUUUGUUAACACUCUAUGCUACUAUAACUAUUUAAGAAACAUUUGUACAUAUACGUUUAAUUAUUUAUCCAAUAACAGAUUUAUCCU